CGGCCGGCACCAUGCGCGCUUGCGGCCCCAGGACGCGCGCCCUGCGGCUGCCGCUGCUGCUCUCGCUGGCUGCGCUGUGCCUGUCGGAGGACGAGGUCUCAGGUCCAACUACGACAACACAAAACACCAGUCAGCAAACUCAGAAUAUUUUAUAUAGUACAUCAACGGAGCAUAAUGUAUCUACACCUGGUUCAGCUAUAACAACUCAAGGUGUCCAUCAGCAAACUCAGGAGAGUUUUUCUGAGAAUACGUCAGGGUGGCAUGGCAGAUCGACAGAUGGUCCACGUUACACCACACAACAGACUAAUCUCACAGGGAUGGCGUACAACAUAUCCAUACCUGGAUUUUCUUCUCCAUUAAUGGAAAAAAAUAUAACAUUAGACAGUCCAGCUAACAUUGAACUCUCGUGUACUGUGGCCAGUGUAUCUACUCAUGCGGUAGCCAUUGAAAAGACUUGGAAGAAGGAUACUAAAACAAUCGAAAGUAAUGUCACUAGUAAUGAAACCAAAAAUGUCUGGAGUACUCAGUAUAAAUUGCAGGUCCGAGAGAAAAAAGACAUGGGAAGUUACAUGUGUGUUAUGAAAGGUGAAUAUGAAGUGCAAGCUGUCUUUCAUUUAAAAGUGCCUAAAAUUAAAGGAAAAGAAAAGCCCAUAGUCAGUUAUGAAGGAGAUUCCGUUGUCAUAGUAUGUGAAAGUGGCAACUAUAUUCCUGUCACUUGGAUCUGGUAUACAACUAAUGGAAGUCACCAGGUUCGUAUUAAUGAUUCCCUGAUGCCAGAGAAGUACAUAAUUGAUAAAACACCUGCCAACAAAACCCAUCUCAAGAUUAUGAAGCUCACAGGGCAAGAUGGUGGAUUAUACGUGUGCCAAGCUGUAUUCAAACUAGGAGAAAACAAUGGAGAAGUGAAUCUUAAAGUUCUCAACUACAUGGUGCCACUCAAACCAUUUUUUGCAAUAGCUGCUGAAGUUAUUGUAUUAGUAGCUCUUAUUUUCCUUUAUGAGAUAUACUCCAAAAAGAAAGAAAUGCUUGCAGAAGGUGAAAAAGAAUUUGAACAAAUUGAGCAACUUAAAUCAGAAGAAAGCAAUGGUGUUGAAAAUAGCAGUACCAGGCAUAGAAAAGUUUAAAUCAGUUCCCAAUACAAGGAGCCUGCAAAUCAAGAAAAAGCAAACAUCAUUUGACCAUUGCAAACUACAGAAGGAUAUAUUACAACUAUGUAUUUCAAAUAUCUAUUAUGCUUCUAAUUAGAGCUUUCUAGUUGUGUAACCAAAGUCAUUAUCUCCUAUAACGUUUUUAAAAUAUAGACUUGAAAUUGCCUCUCUGCUAAAUAAUCACUUUGUAAACACAGUACUGUAUCCUAAUAUUGCACAUACACAUGGGCUGUGUCAGAUGUCCCUGUUGUGGUUAUGUUCCUUCUAGUUAAAAAAAAAAAAUCUUUCUACUAUUCAAAAAUCAAUUAGUUAAGACUAACCCAUGUUAAUCUUAGCCUAUUAGGCUUUGCUUUUUACAUUGGGUCCAGUCCUGCUUUCACUGAGGAAACAAGAGAUACAGGAUCAGGGCCAUUAUCUAAAAAUUUAUAUUAUGGAGGUAAGUUCACCUUCACGAAAGUACUUUUCAAUCUUGAAGUGCUUACACCAAACAAAAAUGCCUUUUACUAGGAGAUUGAACAAAUUUAACACAAACAAGCCUUUUUUCCCACCAAAGGACUGAUCAAGGGGAAUCUUUAUCAUAGUUCUUAUGCAAUAUAUAUUUUUUUACCAUUUCCUACGAAAAUACAAAAAUCCUCAAUUUUUUUUUUAUUUAGUAUCAUUUUAUAUAUGAGGAAGAGAUAUGAAGUGAGCUAAGGAAGUUUAAGGUGCUACAAUUGCUUUGACUUCCUGACUGAAUACAAAAGGCCACAUUUUGUACUAUAGGAUUGUGGCCAGUACUACUCAAAUUAGUAAAAAAAUGACUAUACAUGUACAGUACUGAAAGGCCCUAGCACUGACUCAAACAUCAAUGGCCAGAUAUAUUCCAUAUAUUGGGCAAGGAAGCAGGCUUAAGUAUCUAAGUACAUUUCUCUUUGGUCCUGUUUGAACCCCUGAAAAACUUAAUACCAAAGAUGAGCAAGUCAUCCUCCUCAGUGCUUUUCUGUUAGGCUUAUAAGGGUCAGAUAAUGUCAUGUUAUAAAAGUAUAACAUUUACAGUGACCUGACAAGGGUGGAAUAAAUUUGAACUUAGGGCCAAAGUUCACUUAGAUGCCUAAUAGGUAGAAUAGAACCUGGACACAAAUAUCUGCCCUAAUUAGGCAACCUCCUGUUUUUAGAGCUUACCUGAAAGUGUCCCUGAAUGUAAUAAGUUCAGGUCUUCUGUAUGUCAAUUAGAAGACACUAAUGGUCACUUCAGAUGACCUUUUCUGCUAGUCCUAUUGGACACUAGAAAGGUUUUGCUGUUCUGGAUGUUUACAUAACUUCUUUCACCUCAAAGAAUAACAAAGAACUAAGGAAAAUAAGCAAUAUUAAAUAAAAUACAAUGAUAACAAUACACUUAAUUUAAUUGGGUUAAUGUCCCCAUUCUUAUGCAAAUUGCCAAUGACCACAAAUGGGCAGGGCCUCGCUUGUAUAACUUAUGCAAAAGACAACACUUCCAGAAGAACAGUGACAUGUUCCCCCAUUCUUGGAUUUUGGUGUAGUACUAGUAGCGAAGCAAGCUACCUACAGAAUCAUCACUAGAACCUCCUAUAACAUCCUUGAUUAUUCUUUCAUAAAUUCCCAUUCAGGUAAAGAGCUGGGUCUAAUGCUGCUUAACUUGUGAGACAAGUUAGAACCACAGUACCAAAUGAUACAGCUGCAGGUAGUCCUGUAAUAAGCCAUUGUAAUAAGCCGCAAGCCAUUGCAGCUUGUGAAGUUGCCACAGAAUUAAUACCAGCAAUUAAAGGUGCCAAUAUAUAGUUAUAAUAUAUAUUCAGCAAAUGAAAUCUAUACACUGGUUCAUUUCUAGCAGUAAGAAUUUCUCUGCAAAUUCUUCCCCAUGCUCCCUCUGAUCAGUUGAUUGGUACAAGAGGGGUGGCUAUCACAGGAGAAUGCCCCCCACACGCUGACUGGAUGAUUGCUGAGAAGGGAGGGGAUAUUCCCUGCAGGAUCCCCACAGGGCUUUCUGACAGCUUGUCCCUGGAUGAACUAUCACAGAGCCAGUGCUCUCCUUCCCUCUUGGGAGGGAAGAAGGGAGAACAGCAGACUAUGGUUCUCUGGUUGUGGGUAUCCUGCACACCUGAAGAAGUGGACAAUCAUUCAAAAUAGAUCAGGAGAGAGAGAGAGAGAGAUGUUCCUCAUAUAAAUCUAACUUCCUUGCAAAAAAGACUCAAUUCUCUUUCACAAGAAAUCUCUUAGACAAAUGUAUACUCUCUCUUUUUGUGCCAAGAAAAUGGUUUCUGCCCUGGCACAAACGUGACACCUGUUCAUGACCACUGUGUAAUUGACUGCUUUUCCAUUACAAAUGCCUGCUUGAGUCCACAGAAGAAAAUUAAACAUCCUUUUAUUUAAAAGAAGCAGGAAACAUUUAUUUUAAGUAAAGGAGAAAACAUUCAAGAAUUUUUCCCCUGUCCCUGUGAAAGUACUUUAAGAAACUAAUGUAGGCAAAUAUAUGUAGCUUCUUGUUCAGGAGAAAAGAAAAGCCAGCUCUUGAGUUGCACAGAUUACAAUGUCAAUGCUAUUUUGCCAUUUGGCAAACAAAACAGACAACCAAAAAGAAAAUAUGAUUAACACACAAGACUGAGAAGGGGGUGCUCAUAAAACCUUGUUUACAGUCUUUCUGGAUCUGGAAGUAGUAGUUACUGCCUGUAAUGUUGACUUUGGGAAUAGAUAUCCAGUUUGACUCAUUUUAAAUUAAAGAAUGAGUUUAAUGUUGUACCCUAAUUAGCACAAGGUUUAAAGCCUAAAUAAAAAGCAGAGAGUCUCAAAUGUUUGGAUAGUGAUCACUGAUAAACAUUUCCCUGGUCAAGAUACUGUGUUUUAUUACACUCAGCCUCAAUCUUCCAGUGCACUACAUAUAAACCAAAACAGUUACAGCUUUUAUAUGAAUUUGUAUCAUUAUCAUAUUAAUAUUUAUUGUUAGAGCAAGUAAAGAUAUAUGCACUAUAUUAAAAAAUAAAUUGCUUGAUGUUGUUGUCCAUCUUGAUUAUGUUAAUAACAUUCCAAGAUUAUAAACUUUUUUGGUAAAAACAACUUCAUAGCUAAGAACCUCAGAUUACUUAUUAAACUUUAGUGUUUAUUUGGUUUGUGAUGCAUGUUAAUCUUCACUUGAUACACAAAUUUAAUUCCUGAACUAGAAAUGUUGGGAAUUAUGUGCUGCACUAGAAUAUAACCCAAGAGGACUUUUAGUUUUUCUUCUUUUAAACAAUAUCUUGCAAACAUUUCUGUAGAAUUGCUUGGUUCUCUAAGACAUUCACAGUAGCCAAACACAAAGAGCUAGCUUUAUACAUCAGCAAGUGUCCUGAAAUGAAGUGCAUCCUGGCACAGCAGUUAAAAACAAUAUCAGGGGAAAAAAGUACAGGCCAUUUGUACCUAUUGGCAUAUAUUUAAUAUAUUUCAGAAUUGCCUGCCAUGUAAAAAUACCUAUGCAUAUUAAAGUAGUAAUGAUGAAGUGAUUAAGAAUCCACAACAUUUUUUUGUGGAUACCCUUGUCUCCUCAUAAUAAAACUAUUAGGCCAAAUCCUGAGAGAGACUGAGAACUGCAAUCCUGCUAAUUUAAUUGAAAAUUGACAGUGCCUACUUCAGAUAACUGCAUCAUAGAUGCUCAGCAUGAAUCAAGUUAGGAUUCCCUCUCAAGAAAAAAAAAAGAGCAACUCUGCUUCCCGUCCCAUGGAAUCUCCAGUCUCUAACUCCAUCUCCAUCAUACUUCUGUGCACUAUAAUUUGAUAUUGUACUGCCAAAUCUUCCCUUCUUACAGAAUCUAUUUUAUGUACAUGGUUGCUACAAGCAAAAGUUCCUGGAUAUUUAUUCUAUGAUUCCAGACAUCAAGCUAGAGAUGAACAAAUACUUAUUGAAGAAAAAUUACCCAGUCUGUGCAUAUUCAAAUGAUUACUGUACACAGGUAUGUAAGCUACCUUACAUAUCGAUUUAAUAUGCAUAGGACAGGGCAGAGUUGCAGCUUAUAGACUAAUUUGGAGCUACACAGGUUUUUUAAGCAACAGAUUACUUUUUUAGAUAUUGUGAAAGGAAUUUGAUAGCAUGAUCCUUUUAUAGGAUCCUACAAAGCAAGCUGCUGCUUACAAAAGCGUAUUUAUCUCAGAAUUAGUCUAUAAGGCACCAUGCCUUCUGUCUGACUUCAGACUAACAGCUAAAUACCUCUCAUUUACAAUGCAUAUGCAGGUUCUAUCAGGACAAUUUAAGAGGCCUGUCCUGAAAUUCUGGCAAGGAAUAAUUAAUUAAAC